UCAACCGAUACACACGAGGUAAAUAACCUGAGAAAUUCUUACCUGAGUGAUGAGAUUGAAAACAUGAUAUUGAAGUCUAUGAAAGGGCCAUGUAGGUCAUAUCAAAGUAGGUGUCCGUUCGAGCGUCCCAACAUGAAAGCAUUUGCCAAUUGAAUUUGCCUAAAAAGCCUUCAUUGCUCUCCCUUGAGACCUUAAAAUGCAUCAUCUGGUAUCUAGGUCGCUUAUAGACUUCGUCAAGGCAAUUAUAGUCACGCUUUGACUCGCUUCAUAUGCAUAUAUCUAACAUAAGGUUAUAUAUGAAUCCAAUGCUGAUAUACAAAUUGCCGACGGAGGACGAGUCUGCACAUCGUUGUCCCUCUUGGAGACCCGGUCAACCCGGCGAGGCGAGCGACCCACAGGCCUAUUAGCUGAUUCGGCAUUGGCAGUGUUGAUUGCAGCAUUUUGUCAUUCGUUAAAAAGGUCUCGUGAAUUUCUCCAAUCCUCGAGCAAACAGACCUAAAGGAAAUUCUAUGAGGCCUUUCCAGAAUUAAAUUCCCCCGGAGAUUCCUCAGCACAUCCUAACAGGUUAUUACAACAGUCGGACGCGAGCUGAUUCACGCUGACGGGAGUUUCACCUAGCCUGCCAUCAUGUUCGGGUACGAUGUAGACACAAGGUACUUUCCACUCAUUGGCAUCUCCUUCUUGGUGUUCAUGUCUAUCUAUGAGAAGUUUGCACCGUAUUACUCUGCGCGGUGGUUCUCCAGGUACAGGAGUAUGACCACCAAGGAAAAGUUGCAAUGGGAUAAUAAGAUUGGCUCCACUAUCCAUUCUGUGACUGUCAGCACGUUGUUUAUUCUUUGCUACCUUUUAGAAGGAGAGGAGUUCUACAAGGUGAAGUUAUGGAGCGAAUCGACAAUCGUGAAAGUAAAUAUGUGUGUUGUGAUAGGAUAUAUGUUGGCCGAUACCAGUCAUAUGGUUGGUAACAGUCAAUAUAUUGGGAGCACCCAGUUUGUCGUUCAUCAUAUAGUCUCCAUCUUCCCAUUUUUGUUUGUAUUGACCUAUCGCAUUCUUAAUUGGCAUGCAAAUUUCCGAAUGGCGGCUGAAAUUUCGACAUUCUUCAUUAAUAUACGAUGGUUCCUGGAUGCGCCUUUACAAUAUUCAAAGACCUCCAAUGUCUACGUUGCCAGUGGCAUCGCUCUCACCAUCUCCUUCAUCCUGACGCGGAUCGUCAACAUCCCGUUCUAUUACUACCCAGUUUACUCGGAGUGCUCAAAAUACUCCUGUACCCCAGCCAUGUUAUUUUGGAUGGUCGCUCCGUGUAUCGUCCUGGACGGAUUAGGUCUCUGGUGGUUCAGAAAAGUGGUAGUUGGAUUUAAGAAGAUAAUAUACGAGGGCUGGUUUAAGAACGUGGUCUUAGAAAAAGUAAUGAACGGAAAAUGAUUGACAAUGAUAAGCUUUUAUUGUCAUUUCUCGGCGCGCGCGCAUUGACAUGCUGGCAAUUUGCUUGGACUGGAGACCCGAUGAAACAUUGUUAACUAUUAUGCGCUGGAGGCCGGUGCUGAGGUUUCGAAGGUCAUGGGUCUCUAUAGUACCUUAGUUUCCUGUCUGUCACCAUAUGGACAUAUUUUCCAACAACACCAAAAUGAGACCGGUGAUUCUGGGUCGUCAUAGCGGGGUGGUCGCUUUAUCGGGGUGGUCGCCGACCGGGGUUCCACUGUAUAUAUAACUGUGUAUAUAGGACAAACAAUGUUUUUUAAAUAUAAUUUGCAAUGUGCCAUUUUAUGCAGCCUAAUAUAUGUACAAGUUAUUGUAUAGAAAUAAAGUAUGCGUAUUAUA